UGUUUUCGUUGCUUCCGUUUGACCGAUUUUCUUACGGAACUUCUGUGUGGAGCCGUUAGGCUAGCAUUUGACUGACUUUCUCGAGGCGUCGUGGUCGUUGAUUGUCGCUUUGAUGCUGCCGUGCGAUGAGAGGAAAGAGGUUGCUGUUGCAUUGCGAGGCAUCUUUGAACUGGACUUAAAUGGAUCAGUAUGAGAAGAUCGAGAAGAUCGGGGAAGGAACUUAUGGCGUGGUCUAUAAGGCUAUCGAUCGCUCCACCAAUAAGACGAUUGCUCUGAAGAAAAUUCGUUUGGAGCAGGAAGAUGAAGGGGUGCCGAGUACUGCAAUCAGAGAAAUCUCUCUCUUGAAAGAAAUGCAGCAUGGAAACAUUGUCAAGUUGCAGGAUGUAGUGCACAGUGAGAGGCGUCUAUAUCUAGUUUUUGAGUACUUGGACUUGGAUUUGAAAAAGCACAUGGAUUCAUGUCCAGAAUUUUCUAAGGACACCCACACAAUAAAAAUGUUCCUUUAUCAAAUCCUGCGCGGCAUUUCCUAUUGCCAUUCUCAUAGAGUUUUACAUCGAGAUCUGAAGCCCCAGAAUUUGCUGCUAGAUCGCCGUACUAAUUCACUGAAGCUAGCGGACUUUGGGCUGGCCAGGGCUUUUGGUAUUCCUGUUAGGACAUUUACCCACGAGGUGGUGACUUUAUGGUAUAGAGCUCCUGAGAUACUCCUUGGAUCCCGCCAUUACUCAACACCUGUUGAUGUGUGGUCUGUGGGUUGUAUAUUUGCAGAGAUGGUGAACCGGCGGCCACUAUUUCCUGGGGACUCUGAGAUUGAUGAAUUGUUUAAGAUUUUCAGAAUAAUGGGCACGCCAAAUGAAGAUUCAUGGCCCGGGGUGACUUCUUUGCCUGAUUUUAAAUCAACCUUCCCUAAGUGGGCUCCACAGGACCUAAAAACUGUUACGCCGAAUCUUGAUCCAGCCGGAGUUGAUCUUCUUUCUAAAAUGCUCUGCAUGGAUCCUAGAAGAAGAAUAACUGCCAAGGUCGCUCUUGAGCACGAGUACUUCAAGGACGUUGGAGUGAUACCGUGAAUAUCGUUGCCUUACUUACUCAGUGAGACGUGACGUGUCUAUAUGGAGUUUGUAGCAUAUUAAUGGCUUUUGAUGGUGUGAAAUGUGAAUCUUUGGAUUUUGGAUUGUCUUAGCGAGCAAAGUUCAUCUCUUAUAUCUUUGGGUCCAACUUACCUCAUGGACUCCUUUUCGUUUCUUCUUGUUGCCCUUCCUUUAUUUGACUUUUCCAUUCUGAAAAGGACAAAUGCAGAUUUGUUUUCAUC